AUGGCGUCGAAACCCAAGGCGGAGGAGGGCCUCCAGCCCAAGUUUGAACACCCAAGCGCAGGACACGCAAAGAAGAACAGCAAUCUCAGCAUUGAGCUUCAGCUAACGCGCGUCAACCCUCCUCUUCCCCCGAUGACCGACAGACGUCUCAGCGCAUACGCCAUUGAGCCCAUUAAGGCAUUUUACAUAUUCCUCGUCGCGAACCUCAUCGCCGCCGCCUUUGCGCCCAUCCAAGACUGCGACGAGACCUUCAACUACUGGGAGCCGACGCACUACCUCUCGCACGGCUACGGCCUACAGACGUGGGAGUACUCGCCAGACUAUGCCAUUCGAAGCUGGCUCUACGUUGCGCUUCACGCGCUUGUCGGUAGCUUUCGCCGACUGCUGCCGCGCUCAAACAAGGUGGCCGAAUUCUACUUUGUCCGCUACUUCCUCGCCUUCGUCUGCGCGCUCGGCCAAGUUCUCCUCUACCAGGUCGCUAGCACGACACUCAAUGCUCGAAUCGGCCUCUUCUUCCUGAUCGCGACCGUCACGAGCCCUGGCAACUUUCACGCCGCCGCCGCAUACCUGCCGUCCAGCUUCGCCAUGUAUAUGGCUAUGCUCGGCGCCGCCUCGUUCAUGAACUGGCGCGGUGGCCUGCGAACCUCGCACGGCAUCUUUUGGUUUGCCGCCGGCGGUAUCCUCGGCUGGCCGUUUGCCGCGGCUCUCUGUGCGCCGUACAUGCUCGAGGAGGCCGUCUUUGCCUUUUUCAGCGACAAGGACGCCUUGAUCGAAUGCAUCAUCCGUGUCGCCCGAGGCGUUGUCGCGGGUCUGAUUGUUCUGUUUGUCGACUUUUUAAUCAAUCUCUUCUUUUACAAGAAAAUGGCCGUCGUCAGCUGGAAUAUUGUCAAGUACAACAUCUUCUCGUCGACCGGCGGCCCCGAUCUCUACGGCACCGAGCCUUGGACGUUUUACUUUAAAAAUCUGGCGCUCAACUACAACAUUUGGUUCGUGCUGGCUCUGCUUGCGCUGCCGCUCUUCCUUAUCCAAAAGGUCAUCUCGCCUUCUGGGCAUGGCUUCCAGACAGGGCUUCGUACCAUUGUAUUUGUUGCGCCGUUUUACAUGUGGCUCGGCAUCUUCACAAUGCAACCUCACAAAGAGGAGCGCUUCAUGUAUCCCGCGUACCCCUUCCUAGCACUCAACGCGGCCAUGUCGCUGCACAUUAUUCUGGCUGGGCUAGGCAACGCGGACAAGAAAACACUGAUCGGCAUGAUUCCUGCACGACUCAAGCUUUUUGGUGUCGUCAUUGUCAUGUUCCUGUCGCUGGAUGCCAGCCUGUCGCGCAUCUACGGCAUUUACGAGGCGUACUCGGCGCCGCUCAAGGUGUACGCGCCGCUCUGGGGUGACGGCGCAGAAGGCGAGGGGGAGGCGCUGGGCGGUGACAGUGAUAAUGUUUGCUUCGGUAAGGAGUGGUAUCGGUUCCCGUCAUCGUACUUUUUGCCGCGCGACAUGCACGCCAAGUUCAUCCCGUCCGAGUUUCGAGGGCUGUUGCCGGGCGAGUUUUCCGAGGCGGAGACGGGCUUCGGGUUUUGGAGCGGGACGUGGCUCCCCACCAACGGGCUCAACGACCGCAACGAGGAGGAUCCGGGCAAGUACGUGGACCUGCGGAUGUGCUCGUUCCUGGUGGACACGCAAUACCCGGAACGGACGGGAGUCAAGGCGCCUCCACGCGAGCCUGACUUUAUCGCCGACACAUCGCGGUGGGAGGAAGUGAGAUGCGAGCGCUUCAUGGACGCGGAGAGCACACCGCUACUGGCGCGCAUAUUUUGGGUGCCGGACGUGCCCGGCGUGGUGCCGGCAUCGCUGAAGCGGAAAUGGGGACGGCACUGCCUCCUGCAAAAGAAGAAGCCCUCGGAACAGGGCAUGUGGGUAGAUCCGGGCGAGAUGAUGUUUGGCUGA